AUGUCCACCUCGGCUGGCGAAACCCGGGCGGAGGUGCUUGCCCCGGUGAAGGAUGACAAGCGGUAUCAGGACUACAGGGCGAAAACUGAUAUGAGGGAGCCGUACAGGCUUCCUGCCGAGGCCCUUAAAGAUGUCACAGACAUGGUUGUGUACGAUGUUGCUGAGGCACCGCUCAUCGCUUUCAUUAAUCCAGGGUCUGGUGGUCGAGUGGGUGAGAAGCUGUCUUCAACCCUUGCCAAGUCCUUGGGAGCGGAGCAGGUGUACAAUCCAGUCAAAUCUCAACAGAAUCCUGUGAAAGUCCUGAGGAAGAUAUGGGACAAUCUCAGUGACCUGGAAGCAUCAGGUGACCCCAGGGGAGGCGAGAUUAAGCGCCGCAUGAAAGUUGCGGCAUGUGGCGGAGAUGGGACUGUUGCGUGGGUGCUUGGUGCUGUGAAAGCUGCGCAACUGGACCCAGAGCCAGCAGUGACGAUCAUGCCUCUGGGAACUGGGAACGAUUUGUCACGCACAUUUAAGUGGGGAUCCCAGUUCAAAUCCAAGUGGGUGAAGAAGCCUGAAGCGAUCUACACUCAACUAAAGAGAAUGGCUGAAGGUCCAAAACUCGAACUGGACGUCUGGAAAGUGAAGAUAACUGCCCCAAACGCAUCCAUGCUUGUCAAGGAAGAGCUUCCACCAGGUUUCAUUCCUCUUUCUGGUGAAGGUACAACAGUAGAAGCACUGUCAUGGAACUACAUCAGCGUGGGUGUGGAUGCAGAAUCUGCAUACAGAUUCCACCAUCUCCGCAACACGAAGCCAUAUCUGGCUUCUACCCGUAUGCUCAACCAGAUGUGGUAUGGCAUUUGUGGUUUCCGUGCAGGUUGGUUCUGCUGCCCUCCUGGUGUGAAAAACAAGGUGUCCAUUGAGAUCAUGAAAGAGAACAACACCUGGACAGACCUGGAGCUGCCAAGUAGUGUGAAAGCCCUUAUUCUUUUGAAUCUGCAGAGCUACGGUGGUGGCAGGAACAUAUUUGGCACCAAACUGGGGCGGAAGGACAAGGAAAACUUCCAGCAACCCAAGUUCAACGAUGGCCUGAUAGAAGUUGUGGGCCUGGGACAUGGUGUGCACACUGCAUUCGUUUUAACAAAUGUGAGGCAUGCAAUUCGUUUGGCACAAUGUCGGGCUGUCAGGAUGAAGAUCAGAGCACCUGAACGGCCAGAUGGUGAACCUGGCAGAACGUAUAUGCAACUGGACGGGGAGCCUUGGCCGCAGGCCAUUCCAAGCGGAAAAUCUGAGCAGCCUCUGGUGAUGGAAGUGACGCUGGAGGGCAAGAGUCUGUUGGUGAUGAAUCCCAAGGCAUUGAAAGGGCAGCCAUCAACCAGCAAUGGCCAUACUGAAAUUGCAACGACUGCUAAUGGAUAUGGAGGAAAUGCAGUUGCCGGUGGUGAACGUGCAGUGGAGCUGACAGCGGUACCAGAUGAGCCACCAGCCACCCAAGUCGAAGGCGAGACGAGCGCGGCUGGGAGUGAAAUGGCUAAAACAGGGCUGGACGCCAAAGAAGAGGCGGGUAUGAGCGGGGAUGGGAAGCCGGGGCCUGAAAGCGCCCCGGCCACAGAGGAGGUAGGGGCGCCAAGUGGGGCUCAGGACUCCACGGAGGACACUGAGACAGCAACGCCAGUUGCCGAAGUUGAGGCACAUCCAACUGGAAAGGAAGCCUCGGAACAAAAUGAAGAAAUCAAAGCGGAGGCCGCCAAAGAGGAGCUCAAAGAGGAGCCCAAAGAGGAGGCCAAAGAGGAGGCCAAAAAGUAG